GAAAGUGGUGGCCGAAAGCUGAAUGAAAACAAGGCUUUGACUUCAAAGAAGGCAAGGUUCGAUCCUUAUGGAAAGAACAAAUUUGCAAUCUGUCGGAUUUGUAAGAGUUCUGUCCAUCAGCCAGGGUCUCACUACUGUCAAGGAUGUGCCUAUAAAAAAG